CUUGCUCGUCCAUCCAUGGCCGAAGAGACCCAGAAGCCUGCUGCCGAGACCGCCGCCGCCGCCGCCGCCGUUGUCGCCGUCGCCGAGGAGGUCGUGGUCGUGCCCGACGUGCCCCCUCCCGAGAAGGAGCUCCCCUCGGCGCCCGAGCCCGAGGAGGCGCCCGAGAAGCCCGCCGCGGUCGCCGGGGAGCCGGCCGCAGCGGAGGAGAAGGAGGCCAAGGCGGUCGAGGAGGAGAAGGUGGCGGAGAGGAUCACCGAGUCCGUGUCCUACAAGGAGACCAACGUGUACGCGGAGCUGCCCGAGGCGCACAGGAAGGCCCUCGACGAGCUCAAGGUGCUGAUCCAGGAGGCCCUCAACAAGCACGAGCUGAGCGCUCCUCCUCCUCCGCCGCCGCCCGCGCCGGCGGCGGCCAAGGAGGAGGAGAAGCCGGCCGAGGAGGAGAAGAAGGAAGUCGAAGAGGAGAAGGCCGAGGAGAAGGCGGCGGAGGCGGAGGCGGAGCCGGCGGCUCCUGCCGAAGAGGCUCCGAAGGCCGAGGCCGAGGCGGAGGCGCCGCCGCCGCCGCCUGCGGCUGAAGAGAAGGUGGAAGAGGAGGCGGCUGCUGCGCCUCCCGCUGAAAAGAUGGCGGUGGUCGUCGAGGAGGUGGUGGAGAAAUUGCGGGCGGAGGUCGAUGAGGACGGAGCCAAGACCGUCGAGGUAGACAAGGAGACGAUCGUGGAAGUCGCCACCUCCGCUGCUGUGGCCGAGCCGGAGCCGGUCAAGGAAGCGGAGCCCGCUUCCGAGGCAGCCGAGCCGCCCAAGGAGGAAGCCGAUGCCACCCCACCGCCUCCGCCGGAGGAAGUGUCCAUCUGGGGAAUUCCUCUCCUGGCUGACGAAAAGAGCGACGUGAUCCUGCUCAAGUUCUUGAGGGCCAGGGACUUCAAGGUGAAGGACGCCUUCGUGAUGAUCAAGAACACGGUCCGCUGGCGGAAGGAGUUCGGGAUCGAGGCCAUCCUCGAGGAAGAGCUUGGCACCGAGCUCGACAAGGUCGUGUUCACGCACGGAUUCGACACCGAGGGCCACCCCGUCUGCUACAACGUGUACGGGGAGUUCCAGAACAAGGACCUGUACCAGAGCGCUUUCGCGGAUGAAGAGAAGCGCAAGAAGUUCUUGAAGUGGAGGAUUCAGUUCCUGGAGAAGAGCAUCAGGAAGCUCGACUUCAGCCCCACCGGUGUUUGCACUAUUUUCCAAGUGAACGAUCUCAAGAAUUCACCUGGACCUGCUAAGAGAGAGCUGAGGCAGGCGACCAGCCAAGCCCUCCAGUUGCUUCAGGACAAUUACCCCGAGUUCGUGGCCAAGCAGGUGUUCAUAAAUGUUCCAUGGUGGUAUUUGGUCUUCAACAGGAUGAUCAGUCCCUUCCUGACUCAGAGAACCAAGAGCAAGUUUGUGGUUUCCAGAUCUACUGAGAUCCUUUUCAAAUACAUAGCCCCCGAACAAGUCCCAGUGCAGUACGGUGGGCUGAGUAGGGAGGGCGAGCAUGAGUUCACCACUGCCGAUGCUGCCACUGACUUCACUGUCAAGCCGUACUCGAAGCACACCAUUGAGUUCCCUGUCACAGAGAAAUGUCUUCUUGUUUGGGAAGUUCGGGUCGUCGGUUGGGACGUCGUAUAUGGAGCUGAGUUCGUGCCGAGCGCAGAAGGCGCCUACACAGUGAUUGUGCAGAAGACAAGGAAGGUCGCCCCUGCCGAUGAAACAAUAAUCAGUGAGACCUUCAAAGGCGGAGAGGCUGGCAAGAUUGUUCUGACCAUCGAUAACCAAUCCUCCAAGAAGAAGAAGCUCCUCUACAGGUCCAAGACAAAAGCCUACUCUGACUGAACUGCAGAUUGAAAAUGAAUCCCAUGUUCAAUCAUCGGCUAAAACUGCAGGGAAAAAGAAGGGGUUGGGGGGCCCUGUCUUCCAAAAUCUGUCCUUUCAUGGUCAUUCACUUUGUCUGAAAUCAUAAUUUAAUUUCCUAUAUUUCGUGUCUGGGGAUUUUUUAUUUUCCAAAUUUCCUUAUUUAUUUCAUACGUUUUAAGGUCCUAGUUUUGGGGAUUUGGUGGUUUUUGGUAUUGGAAUGCACAUACCUUCCUGCUGAAUUGGGGGAGCAUUUGAGGUUUAUGUCAUCAUUUAUGUAAAGGGAUGGUAAUGUUUUGUUGGCUGUGAAUAGACUCUGUUCUUGUUCACGAUACUCUGUAUAAAUGGUGUAAAUUUGAUGGUC